AUGAGUGCGCAGAUUUCAGAGUCCAGUUUUGCGAAGAAAAAGGGAGUGAUAUACGCACAGUACCGUCUUCCAAGUGUUAUCGGUGGAGACAAGAGUUGGAAUGAGGUUAAGGAAGAUGGCGAACAAGCGUUGUCAGUGCUGGUGGACUUGUACAAAGGAUGGAUGAUCGGAGCAGGAGAGGUCACCCUUUCUAGACAGAGUAAUAAUGAUAAAGUCGACUACUUCUGUGUGAAAAUGGGCGAAUAUGAGAGAUGUUCGGAGCCCAGUGUGAAGGAAGCGGGGGAGAGGCUGUUUUCGAUAAUUCGCCAGUUGUUGAAUUCAUGGAGACGUGCGGACGACAUUGAGAAGUAUGACCGAGAGGGUAUUUUUUGA